AGGCCUGGAAGCCAGUCGAGGUAGCAGUGCAUCAAUAUGAGGGGAAGUCCACGUCUCUUGUUGUUUGCAAUAAACCUUCUUACUGAGUACGGGUCUGGAAAUGCACUCGAAAGCACUACUAUCCGUGAACCGGAACAUAUUGGAGGCAAAUUUGAGGAAAUUUUGUUAGUUCUGAGGACAGCAACGCUAGAACAUGCGAAAGAAAUCACGCAACUAAAGUCUGAAAAUGAGCACUUGCGGAAUGACAAGGAAAGCCUCAGGGACGACUACAAGAAAUUGAAGAAUGACUUCGAGAACAUGAGAAAAGAGCACGAAAACCUCAAGUCUAGCUUGGAGGAACAUUUCCGGGAAAGGGACGAACUUAAACUUCAACUGAACACCACGGAAGGAAGACUCCAAUAUCUGGAGGCUAUUACUCGGCAAAUAACUCCCCGAACGUGUCAGAUGUUGGCAGAACUUGGGAUAACACGAACUGGAGAAUAUUUCGUUGAUCCAGACGGAGUGUUGAGCGGCGAGGCACCCAUCAAAGUGCGCUGUGACAUGGAGACAGAUCCAGUAUCCACGAUCGUUCUUCAUGAUUCGAUGGGAAGCACUGUGAUAGAUCGCUGUGCUGAUCUUGGAUGCUACAGUCGCAGCAUGAAGUAUGGUGCACCAAUGAAACAGAUUGUGGCAUUGAUCGAGCAAUCGAAGUCGUGCGAACAGCAAAUAAGAUACGACUGUUUUACGACAGCCCUCACAACUGGAGACAAGCACUAUGCUUGGUGGGUGGAUCGUCACGGCAAACCUCAAUAUUACUGGGAUGGUUCACACACCGGGGAACACGUGUGCAACUGUGGCCUCACUUCUAAAUGCAUUGACCCGAUUCUGCCGUGCAAUUGCGAUGCGAAGGUUCCCCAAUGGGAAUCAGACUCUGGAUCAAUCACCGAUCCAAAAGCACUGCCUAUUAUUGAGCUCCGAUUUGGGGGAUUACGGUUUGAUUUUCAAAAGGCUAAUUACACUCUGGGCGGAAUGGUCUGCAGGGGCAAGGUUCCGCCUCCGGAAAAUCCAGCAGAAUCUUGUUCAUCGCUCCGCAAAGCUGGGAGCACCUACACUGGUUAUUACUUGAUCAACUCAAAGAAAGAUAGCUUGGAUGUUGUUAUGUGUAGAAUGGAUUUAGAAGAGACCAAUCCGGAGUUUCAGGUGGAGACCAGUGCACAUAUUGCAUGGGGUGGUUUUACCCAUCGCAAGGUUACGCUUCCGGACAAUCCAGCAGAAUCUUGUUCAUCUCUCCGCCAAGCCGGAAAUACUCACUCCGGCUAUUACCUGAUUAACUCCAAGAAAGGUCGCUUGGAUGUCGUUUUGUGUAGGAUGGAUUUGGAGGAGACUGACCCAAAGUUUCAGGUGGAGACCGCUGCACGUAUUGCAGUUGUGGGGCUUCACCAUGGCAAGGCUACGCCUCCGGACAAUCCAGCACAAUCCUGUUCAUCUCUCCGCCAGGCUGGGAACAUUCACUCCGGCUAUUACUUGAUCAACUCCAAGAAAGGUCGCUUGAAUGUCGUUUUGUGUAGGAUGGAUCUGGAGGAGAUCGAUCCAAAGUUUCAGGUGGAGACCAGUGCACGUAUUGCAUGGAGUAGUUUUACCCAUGGUAAAGUUACGCCUCCGGACAAUCCAGCACAAUCCUGUUCAACUCUCCGCCAGGCUGGGAACAUUCACUCCGGCUAUUACUUGAUCAACUCCAAGAAAGGUCGCUUGGAUGUCGUUUUGUGUAGGAUGGAUUUGGAGGAGACCGAUUCGAAGUUUCAGGUGGAGACCAGUGCACGUAUUGCAUGGGGUGGUUUUGCACAUGGCGAGGUAACGUCUCCAGGCAAUCCAGCCCAUUCUUGUUCAUCGCUUCGCCAAGCUGGAAACGCUCAUCCCGGUUAUUACCUGAUCAACUCCAACAAUGGUCGUUUGGAUGUUGUUAUGUGUAGGAUGGACUUGGAGGAGACCGACCCAGAGUUUCAAAAGGAGGCUGGUGCGCGUAUUGCAAGGGAAGGAGCUUAUUUCAAAGCCUAUGGAAGUAGGCACGAUGUAAAUGAGGGCAGCGUCGUUCGUUACUUCGGAGCCGACGUAAACGUUGGCUGGGCAUUGGAUCUCGGCAGUGGAAUUUUUACGGCACCUAUCAAUGGUAUAUAUGCGUUUCAUCUUCAUAUUGUGACUCAUGGUGGAGACACACAGUUACGUCUGAGAAAAAAUGGUGUAAAAGAAGCAGAACUGCGCUCUGAAGGCGACCCUUUUAUGUCGCCAGGCAACUCUAUCCUUCUGUACCUUAAUAAGCGCGACCAAGUUGAUGUCCUCUUGGAAAAGAAAGGGAAUUAUGUUUUCGAAACCAUGCGUUUUGUGGGUUAUCUGUUAUACCCUAUGUGA